AUGCUUCUGCUGUAUCUGCUGAUUUUACUGCCCGUUUUCGUCGCAGCGCAGGAAUCAGAAUCAAUGAACACGCUGGAUGGAGAGAUGCUACAAAGCGACGGUUCUAAAGACAAUUUAGAUUGGAUUGGUGAAAGCUUUCUAAAUGCCAUUGACGCAUUUUUUCCUGGUUCGAAAUUGUACGGUAGUGUAGAAGAAGGUAAAAAAAAGAAGGUUAAGUUGAACAAGUAUAUUAUACCUUUGAUCAUUGGAUUUAUACUAAUAAAAUCAAUUCUACUGCCUCUGACAUUGAAGGCAUUGGCUGUUCUAAGUGGAAAAGCCGUCAUGCUGAGUUUGAUGAGUUUAAUACUGGCAGCGAUAGUUGGAUUGAAAAAAGUCGCUCAGGAAGGCAACUACGAAGUCAAUAAGUAUAGGCGACAGGAUGUAUAUGAUUACAUUGAUAAUAUACAAGAGUUUGAGCCUUAUAGAAUUUACAAAGAACGACGUAAAAAGAAGUAA